AUGAGUACAGAGAAAGAAAAUAUAAUUCAAAAAAUUUUGGAAUGCGCUGGUGGUAAAAAUAUUGGAGAGGAAUUUCAAAAAAGCGUUGAAAAAUUAAAAGACAUUGCUAAUAAUGAUGGUUUAUCGGAAGAUGAUUUAAAUUGUCUUGUGGAUUUUUUAAUUGCCACAGAACUUAUUACAUAUGAACUCACAGAUGUUAACAUUUUGGAUUCUUAUUAUUAUUCCUUUCUGUUUUUAUUAAACAGAGUACAUAUUCAAAGAUUGGUUUGUAAGCUAUUAUGUCUAUUAUCUAAACCAGAAGAUGCCAGGAGAUGGAUUGUUUUACAAUUGUUACAAAUGAAAGAGACAUACGGAGAAAAAAGUCACUUAAAUUCAGUUUUGGGUUUAUUAAAAUCCUACAAGCCUGAAGCAGUUCCAGAAAGAAUCCCAAUUACCAACAGUUCAAAUAUCACCUCGGGAAACUUUGAAGAACCUUUAAAAAAAGCUCAUUCACGAAACGUCAACACUUAUUUCCAAAAUGGAGAUAAUAAAGAUAUUCAAUGGAAUUCAGGAUUAGGUUUUAAGGGCAAAUUAUGGGUACACAGGUUGAUUCCUACCCCUGAAAGCAUAAGUUUCGAAACUGGAAUUACUUACAAUGAAAAAAAAUUAAAAAGAAUUUACGAAUUAAAAUCUAUGACCUCAGUGGCUAUUCAUCUACACAGAAUUGAGUAUCCGGCUCAGAUUUUAUCAUUAUUAAGUAAUACAGCUGGACAUCACAUACUAGCUUUCAGUAAUGAUGAUAUUAAAGCUAGAUUUUUACAUAAACUGCAUUAUACACUUUACAAAGUUUUUUUGACGGAAUUAGUUGAAUACUCCGAUAGAGAAAAAUCAAAUUUUUUAAAAGCUCUAAAAAAUUUUCAAGAAUACACUUUGCAAAGUAUUCCUAUAGUUACUUCUUUUUUAUAUAAAUACAUGUUAAUAUGGGAUGGAGAAGACUAUCAGGAAGAAAUUUUUGGAUUACUGGAAUGGAUUGAAAUGUACAACGAAAAGGGUAACAAAAGGGAAAAAAAAAUUUUUCUAACUGAAAAUAAUCAGGAAUGCGAUUUUCUCAAAUCGGUCGAAGCGAUCAGUGACUUCGUUAGUCAUUUAAUAAAUAUUGGAUCUAUUUGGAAUUCCGAAACCAAGACUAGAAACUUAUUGUUAUCGGCAUUGAAAUUUUAUGAAAUCUGCAGCGCCAUUGAGGAAGCUGGUAACCUACCGACUAUAAUAGUAAUGCCACCAUCAUUGGUAUACAAAUGUUUAUUUUCUGGCAGUCGUUUAUGCAUCGAUAAAAUUUGCUGCUUACUUAUUCGUUUGCAGACAAGUUCGGUCGAAAGAUUAUUUGCAUUAGGCGUAUUCCAAGAUUUGGCCGAUGAGGUUCAAAAACUUAACGUAUAUUUAUUAGACUAUUACAGAUUCUUGUGGAGCGAUUUAUUUUUUAUGAAAAACGAAGAUUCGUUUAUUUUCAACAAUAAUAAAUUCGGAGACAUGUUAUUUAAAAUGAAAACAAUUUACGGUGAUAAAAUUGAUAAAUUAUGCAAAGUUGAUUAUAAUUAUACAUUUUCUUUACCCCAAUCAAACGGAUUUAGAGAGAAUGUUGAGAGUCAUAUAAACGAUGAUUAUCCUUCAAUAUUGGAAUUAAAACGUAUCACGGAAGAACGAUUACUUCAAGAAGUAACCAACAAAUAG